GAUUCUGCUCUUCUUCUCCUUUCCUCCCGCUGCAGCCACCCGAAGAAAAAAAAAAAGGAAAACCCAGCCAUGCCUUGGAAAAUUGGUAAGGAAGCUUAGUAUUUUCCCCUUACUUUCUUGUUCUAGAACCCAUAAAGAACCCAGAAAUUUCCCCUCCCUCUCUGCAGAUUCCGGAUCUGCUCUGCUUUGCUCUGUCCGCCGGCUGCUCUUGUUGUGGGGGCGAAUUGCUUGGGUUUUGGAUCCGUGAGUUUCUCCCCUGCACUUGCCGCCGGCCUCCUCCCCAAUCUGCACUCCGAUUUUGCUUGCUGGAUUUAUGGUAUAUUUAGUGGUAUCAGAGCUUAGGUUGAAAUUAAGAGCUUAGGUUGAAUUAAGAGUUUAGAAUUAAAUUAAGCACCUCCAGAUUGAGUGGCAUUAGAGCAGAUUGAGUGAUAUCCGAGCCUAGGUUUAAUUGAAUACCUAGGAUUUGUUUUGGACUUAGCUAGCCAGUGGAUUUUAGACCCGUGGUGAGACGAGUGAUGGGGUUAUAUAAGGGACGAUUCUGAUUCAUGUUGCCUGAAUUUUCUCAUCCAUUUUGAUGAGAUGGUGAUCUGAUUUUUCUUGUUUCUUGCCUUCAUACUCUGUGUGAAGUUGUGAAAGUAAUCUUGCUCGUUAUGUCCUAAAGACCUUGUUUUGAAACUUGGUCAUUUUCUGAUAGUUUGCACUUGUUUAGACUUGUUGCGUGAAUAGAAUUUUUGUGUGCUCUUUUGCCACAAUUGUGAAAUCUGGGGAGUUGCAGAGACUUUUGUUAUUGAUCCUGUUAGUCUCUACAGCAUAGCUGGUGGAGAAUUUGUUCUGUUUGUCACAUGACCAGUGGAGGAUGGGUAAACCCUCUACUUUGCAAGAGAUUCAAGGCUAUUUUAGCCAAUGUUGUGUGUUUUUCUAGCUGUGUUUUAGGAGCUGGAUUACUUGGUAAUUCCGUUGCUCCUUAUCUUCUGAAAGUCUUAUAGUGAAGUUUCAAUUUUUCCAUUUGGAGCUUCAUGGUCUUUUCAUGUGGCUCAUUUUUUUUCUAUAUUGGUUAAUCAAGAGCAGUGAUCAUUCAAUUGAAAUUGUUGUCUUUUUAUGAAGAUUUGCAAGCUAUCAUAAAGUUAAACUCUCUAUUGUUGCCAAUCUCUACAUUCUUGAUAUAUGGAAAUUGCUUGAAACUCUUGAAAUCCAUCUUGAAUCUUUCUUGAGAUUGCUUUGUACUUGUUCUUGAAACUAAAAUCCAGAAAUGGAUAAUGAUUAUUGAAAUCCUCAUUAUCUGGAUACUUGUUUGAAAAUUAAUUCUUGCAUUGUUCUUGAAAUCUAUUUUGAGUUGACCUUGAAAACGUUCUUGUUCUGACACUGGUUCUUGCUCAAAUUCUGUAUAUUGCUCUUGCUCAAAUCUUGCAUAUUCUGCUAGUUCUUGUUUUGGUAUACUUGUUGAUCUUCUUGAUUCUUGGUUUUUGUUCAUAUGGACACCUCUUUAGGAGGGGUGACGAUUAUCAGAAGAUACCUAUAUGAGUUGCUUUGUUAAACAUGACCUUGUUUAUUGGUUGACCUUGUUUUGUGGCAAAAUGUAUAAGGCAACCAUGCACUCGUUCAUUCAUUCAUGAUUCGUACAUCCAUUGGAUGCUUCUCCGUCCUUGAUAGAGUUCAAAUUUUGUUGUAAUUGUCUUUAAAUCCAUGCCAUUCUUUACCAACUCGUCUUGUGAUGGGUUCGUAGCUUAACCCCACAACUGUUUCUUUUGUGGCUUUGGCAGGAUUUAUUUUUAUUCAUUUUGUUUCCCAUAUCACCCCAACCUCUAGUAGCUUAUUUCAUGGUAAAUCCUGUUAAGUAGCUAGUGUCCUGCUUCUAUGGUUAGCUGUGGGUUGAUAUCAGAGUGGUGCAGCGGAAGCGUAAUAGGUCGUGUUCUGUUCCUAGAAAGUGAUGAGGCAAUUGUUUUGUCUCGGAUUGUGUGAAGCCAUUCACCACUUGAUAUGGUCCUCAAUUUGAGUUUUGGGGACAAAACUCCUUUUUAGGAGGGUUUUCCUUGUCCACCAUUUCAGGAAGUGAAACCGAGGACGGGGAAACCACGGGAAGUGACGAGUUAGAAGGCUAGCCAUAUUGUAAUUGGAUAUAAAUUUUAGAUAUGAAUCAUGAUCUUGUAUUUGGAGAUUUUAUUGGAGAUUUAUGAUAUCAGAGUAAAUUUUAAAGAUUUGA